AUGAGCGCGUUGCGGCCUCUGCGGGGCGGUUGCUUGUGUGGGCGAAAUCGUUACAUCAUUGCCCUGCCAGAGGAUGGGAUCCAAGAGGCACAGGUAUUGUUCAGCACGGAAAGAUCACACCAAGAGCCGCUUGCUACGCCUCUAGCGGCCUACAUCCGAGUCCCGCUAUCUUGGUUACACAGCACGACCUUUGCAUUUUUUGACGAUGAGACGCACGCAAUGAUUCGACGUGUUUACACGCACCCUAGCCAAGAGCAUGCUAAACGCCAAUUCUGCGGAUUUUGUGGCACGCCACUGUCAUAUUGGUCUGAGGAGCCUCGAAGUGAAGCCGAAUUCAUCAACCUCACAUUAGGCAGCCUUCUCCAAGAGGAUCUUCAGGACUUGGAAGAUCUUGGGCUCAUCCCAGAGGAGAGUGAAAGCGAGCCCGAGGACAAGCAGGUUGGCAGUCCACGUCGUGGCAAUGCGCUCCGACAGUCUUUUGGCGUUCCAUGGUUUGAUGGAAUGGUCGAAGGCACGAGAUUGGGUAGAAUGCGUCGCACGCAUGGCAUCCGGCGAUCAGAUGACGGCACAGUCAAGGUUGAAUGGGAAAUUAUUGAAGAAUCGGAUGGACCGGAUGCCAAUGAUGUUGAAAUGGAGACGGGAUCUACCUCAUCGGGGAAACGAAAGCUGCAGGACCGAGAUGACUAG